ACCCAGAAUGCACCGCAGGCUGGACAGGCUCAGCUGAGCUAUAAAAAGGCAUAACAAGGGGAAGGGAGGGCUGCCGUGCAGUAGGAACUGUGCAGACACACACACACGGGGAUCCAGGGAAAGCAGCCCCUUGCACUGGGAUCUAGAGCCACAGCGCCAAAGAGAGCUGAAGGAAAACACUCAUCUAACGCCACGCAAUGGCAGACAAAAUUAAAGAUGCCAAGAUCAUCUUUGUUGUUGGUGGGCCUGGCUCUGGAAAGGGCACCCAGUGUGAGAAGAUAGUUGCAAAGUAUGGCUACACCCACCUGUCAUCUGGGGAUCUGCUCCGUGCUGAGGUGUCUUCUGGCUCUGAGAGGGGCAAACAGCUCCAGGCCAUCAUGCAAAAGGGAGAGCUUGUACCCCUGGACACAGUCUUAGACAUGAUUAAGGAUGCCAUGAUCGCCAAGGCUGAUGUCUCCAAGGGCUUCCUUAUUGAUGGCUACCCCCGUGAGGUGAAGCAGGGCGAGGAGUUUGAGAAAAAGAUCGGCAAACCCUGCCUGUUGCUGUACGUUGAUGCAAAAGGAGAAACCAUGGUCAAGAGGCUUUUAAAGCGCGGUGAGACCAGCGGACGUUCUGAUGACAAUGAGGAGACCAUCAAGAAGCGCCUGGACUUGUAUUACAAAGCAACUGAGCCAGUCAUUGCCUUUUACGAGAGCCGGGGCAUUGUCAGGAAGGUUGACUCUGAGCUGCCCGUGGAUGAGGUCUUCAGCCAAGUUUCCAAGGCUAUUGAUGCACUGUAGUAAAACAUGACUAGAUAAACUGUG